AUGCAAGUCAUGGAUAUUUAUUCUACAUGCCAGGUUAUCGAUACCAAGAAAGUUCCCGGCUUUUUCUCACGCUAUCCCGCUGCCAUAAGUGUGGGUGCUACGGAUGUUGAGAGUGCUUUGUCAGCGGUUGCUCGAGAGGCUUCCCAGCCUGACUCGGGAGAGAGACGUCGCGCGUUAAUUCGGCAUUCCAAUGCCUAUGGAGACCCAUUUUCGAUAUGUCAUUGCUCUGCCGAAGUCGAAAGACUGGUUUUGCUUGCUAGCAUAAUCGAGGUCAUGUGGAUACACGAUGAUGUGACAGAAGAAUUAGAUCAUGGUGCGGCAUGCAGAGAACACAGUGCGCUUGCCGAAGUAUUGAAAAUCGACGUGCAGCCUUCAGAUUUCGCUUCAAAGAACGCACGACAAAGCGCACUAGCGACUGUACUGCGCAAAGCAAUCGAUUUAGAUCCAGAAAAGGCGCCUAGAAUGAUCGAAAUCCUCCAGGAUUAUCUUGCGACUUUUGAUAGUCGAGAUGAUGAUUUCGAUCGAAUGGAGGAGAUAUCGUCUUACUUCAUUUGUUGGGGAAUGGGGAUUACGCUUAGCCAUGCUGAUUAUGAAUCAAUAAAGCAAUAUGACUUUAUGAUGGGAAACAUACUCGGCCUCACAAACGACUAUUUCAGCUGGGAUAUUGAGAAAAACCAGACGACAGAUCGGAUUAGGAACGGAGUGAGGGUACUCAUCAAACAGCAUAAUAUAUCACCUGAUGCUGCGAAAUCAUUGCUUCUCGGGUUGAUAGUCGAGGAAGAAAGCAAAGCUGCCAGACUCAAAAAAGAGCGCUUGGAGCGACCAGUUUCGCGCGAGUUAUCUAUGUAUUUCGAGGCUAUUGAACUCUAUGUUGGUGGAAGCUGCUUUUGGCAUGCGACCGCGCCUCGUUAUUGCGUUUUUGAAUGA